UCGCCGGACUGCCCUGCCUCCCCCCGGCCCCUACCUUGCUCCUGCUUGAACCGCACGCGGUAGGUGCCGGGCUCGCGGCCCGCCUGCACCUCGCACUCGCCUCCCCCCGACCGCCUGCAGGACUGGAAAGUUUGAGUGCAGAGAUCCCAGAAGGAGAGAGCAGUUUGGGGCCAAGCAUGGUAAUGGAUGAGGAAAGCUUGAUGGUCUCCAUCAAUAAAGAUGCUUAUGAAGCUCUUAAGGAAAGAGAGUCCUGUCUAAAGAAUCUCGUUUACAAGAAGUUUGCUUGUACGUUGGCCUUCAAAAGCACAAAAUGCCCUGUUGAAGUAUACAGGAAAAAACUGAAAAAUGGGAUUCACGUAUCUGUUUGCAAAGAUGAUCUCACAAUACAUGAGGCUGAUGCUUUGGUGAAUGCAGCCAAUGAAUAUCUACAUCAUGUAGCAGGUCUUGCUUUAGCCCUUUUGAGCGCUGGAGGGCCAGAAAUAAAAGAACAAAGCGAUCAUCAUAUUUGGAAAUAUGGAAGUCUCACAGCUGGCCAAAUAGCUGUGACAGGUGGAGGAAAGCUUCGUUGUAAGAGAAUUAUCCAUGCAGUUGGUCCAAGAUGGUCCCCCUCUGGAAAAGAAAAAUGUUGUAACCUACUUGAGAAAGCCAUUGUGAAUGUUCUGAAGUACGUUAAUGCUCCAGAAAAUAAUAUUAAGUCUGUGGCUAUCCCAGCAGUGAGUUCAGGUGUUUUUGGCUUCCCACUCAGUUUGUGUGCUCAAGUGAUUGUAAUGGCUAUAAGGGAAUUUGUUGAGACAAGUCCACCAAGCUGUCUCAGGGAGAUCCGUCUGGUGAACAUUUGUGAGCCCACAGUUGCAGAAAUGAAAAAAGCUUGUGAAAAGUUGCUAGGUGAUACCAGUUCCUGUCAGGAAAAUCUAUCAGCUCUGCAAAGCCAGCCUCCAGAGUUCAUAGUUGGAGGUAUUCGUUUGCGUAUCGUAAGAGGACUUAUUGAGGAGCAGAAGACUACUGCUAUUGUUAAUUCUGUGUUGAAGGAUGGCAGUCUUCACCCUGAUGUUUCAAACAGCAUACUGCAAAAAGGAGGUUCAGCUAUUUAUGACAAUUUGAGGUCUCUUCUUUUUAAGCAUUCUUGGCCUUGUAAGGAGCUGAUAAGAACACCUGGGUGUCAUCUGCCCUGCAAGUCAGUACUGCAUAUUUUAUGGCCACCAUACAGACACAAGGUGUUAUUAUGUGAGGAAUUAAAAGCUGCAGUGACAAGAUGCUUGGAUUACAUUUGGAAUGGGGAGUCUCCUUCAGUUUCUUUCCCAGCAAAGGGGAAUUGGGAGUCUCCUUCAGUUUCUUUCCCAGCAAAGGGGAUUUGGUCGUUUUUGCUGCCUGUGGAUCUAGUGGCAGAGGUCAUGAUUGAGGGCAUUUUUAAUUUUGGCAGGGAACACCCUGAGAAGAAGAUAGAUGUACAACUUGUGCUCCACCCAGAUGACUAUGGUGCCUAUGAGAUUUUCCAGAGCAAACUUUCUUCAGCAGCAAGCAAACUGGAAAAAAAGCAACAUUACAACAGAAGUGAUCCUUCGGGUACAGAGUCAGGCAGACAAAGUAUAAGAGAGAAUGCAAACAAUAAAACAUCUAUUGAACUUAAGGGGAACACCCUUGCAGCAUUGGAAGCAGCAAAACUGUGGAUCCAAAACAUGCUACGAACUCAGGAAAAUCACUGUGCUACUAUUGAAAACAACUACAUUUUUAACCUUGGUAAAAAAGAGUUUGCAGAAAUAGCUCGAGAGCAGCAUUCCAGUGUACGUAUAUCAGAAGAAGUGAGAGAUGGAAAAGCAAGACUAGAAUUUCAUGGUCCCCCUGAUGCUGUCAUUGAUGCAGUGCUUGCAACUGAAAAAUUACUGCUUCGUAUGCAAGAGAAGACUACAGCCAAACAGGAGGAACUGCUGCACUCUUUGGGCCAACCGGAAGCAGGUCAGCUUUCAGAAGGACACCUUGACAGGGCAAAGAAUACUAAAUACUUCCAGAUUUCACGGGUGGAAUCACGCUCUCAGGAGUUUAAAGACAGACAAAAACAGUUUGAAAAAGCUGGGCUUCUUGUUCUCAAGAUAGAAAAAAUACAUAAUCCUCUCUUAUCUGCUGCAUUCCAACAAAUGAAAAAAAGAAUAGAAGAAAAACAAGCUACCACCAAAAUAAGCCACAAGUUAUACCAGCAUGUUCCUGCUCAGUUCUGUGGCUUGGUAUGCCAAACUGGAUUUCACAGAACAUACUCACCACCAACAGAACAAAAACAUGGAGCUGGCAUCUACUUUAAAAGGAACCUCAAAAGCCUAAUGGAGGGUAAAAAGAAAUGGGAAACAGAUUCUAUAAUGUGUGUGUUUGAGGCUGAAGUAUUAACAGGCUCAUACACUAGAGGUAAACAGUCUUAUAUUAUGCCACCAGUAGUGGAGGGAGAUGCCAUUAAAGUAUAUGACAGUUUAGUAGAUGAUGUAAACAAUCCUGACACCUUUGUCAUUUUCAAUGGUAUUCAGGCCCUUCCACAGUAUUUGUUAACUUGUUCCCAGUCUCAGGUGGGAAGGUCUGGGCCCCUCUGAGGGAACCAGCAGCACUAUAUCUAUGUGGAGACCACCUCAAAAGAAAGUCUAGUAUUUAGAUUCUAAGAGGAUGCUCUUAAAAUAACAUGCUUUAAUUGAAGUGCCUUAUGACAACUCUGAAACAUCCAAGAAUAACUAUACAUUGAUACCUUAUGGAGUUUAAAGCAAAAUCAUCUAUGAAUAGAAAUGUCAAGCAUCACACCAUACAGUUUAACAUUUAUAUGGUCAUUUAGUUUGUCGUAAAGUAUUCUUAGCACAUGACUAUACACUUGAUGUUUGCAUAAACUGUCAUUCAUUUAUUAUGUUUUCUUAAUCUGAGACAAUGCAUACAUUAAUGGAAACAAAAGAAAUCUAGGUUGUGCCUUUGAUUCUUAAAUUUUGUUUUGACUUAAGUAGGUGAAUGUCAUGUGAACACUGUUUUCCACCUAGGGAUGUGCUACUAAAUUCAAAUGGUUAUGAUAAACUAAGCAAUACUUCAUGACUAAGAGUUUUUGCUAUUAUAAUUUUUAUUAGUUACAAGUGAUUCCAAGUAUUGUAGACACAUGUAUUCAAAAUAAAGUAUGACAAUAUCA